CUUGAGCUGGUCUUUAACCUCCCUUGGGACAUUCAUACAAGAACAACUUGGCAUGACCUUUGCUCAAUUCUCUUUUUAAGUGCAAGAAGUGGGAACUCUGCUGUGCAGUUCAGAGCCACCAAGGUUCUCUCAAGGCAAGUGAGAUAGCUGCAGAGAAAAGUGCAAGAGAAGCACAGUAACGAAGAUGGUAGGCAGCCAAAAACAUGGUACAGAAGAGGAAGCUCGGGAAACUCCCAGAUUUCAACAAAAGACCCUGACGGCACCUGCUCCAUUUGCUGAUGAAACAAGCUGUCAGUGCCAAGCUCCCCAUGAGAAACUAACCAUUGCACAAGCCCGCCUGGGAACUCCAGUUGACAGACCUGUCAGAGUAUAUGCAGAUGGGAUAUUUGACCUCUUCCACGCUGGCCAUGCUAGAGCUCUUAUGCAAGCCAAAACUCUUUUCCCAAAUAGCUACUUAUUAGUAGGAGUUUGCAGCGAUGAUUUAACUCAUAAAUUCAAAGGCUUCACUGUGAUGAACGAAACUGAGCGAUAUGAAGCCCUCAGACACUGUCGUUAUGUGGAUGAGGUCAUCAGAGAUGCACCCUGGACACUGACACCAGAGUUCCUUGAAAAACAUAAGAUUGACUUCGUAGCCCAUGAUGACAUCCCGUACUCUUCCGCUGGCUCGGAUGAUGUAUACAAACACAUAAAGGAGGCAGGAAUGUUUGUGCCAACGCAGAGAACUGAAGGUAUCUCCACAUCAGACAUCAUCACAAGGAUUGUCCGGGACUACGACGUGUACGCCCGGCGCAACCUCCAACGAGGAUACACCGCCAAAGAGCUGAAUGUCAGCUUUAUUAGUGAGAAGAAAUACCGCUUUCAAAACCAUGUGGACAAAAUGAAAGAAAAAGUCAAGAAUGUGGAGGAAAAGUCAAAAGAAUUUGUUUACAAGGUGGAAGAGAAGAGCCAUGACCUCAUUCAGAAAUGGGAAGAAAAGUCCAGAGAAUUUAUUGGCAACUUUUUAGAGCUGUUUGGACCUGACGGAGCUUGGAAGCAGAUGUUCCAGGAACGAAGUGGCCGAAUGCUCCAGGCUUUUUCUCCCCGGCAGAGCCCAAACAGCAGUCCCACACGAGGCCGCUCUCCAUCCCGCUCUCCAUCUCCACCCUGGGUCAUCAAUAAGGCCUCCCCUCCCUCUUCUCCAAAAGCUGCCUCUGCCUCCCUCAGCAGCAUGAGCGAGGGAGAUGAGGAUGAAAAAUAAAAUAUAUAUUUUUUUAACCAUGAGACAGAAGAACAAGCUAUGAACUCAGCCACUGGAUGGGGAGAAGCGUGAGGAACACCAGGGGUAUCUCUGACAGCAGGGAUCGUGCUCUGGGCAAUGUUGAAAACGAACUGGAGCACAGCAAGGGAGAUCUCAGGAAGAGCUUAUCCCAUCCCCACUCCCUGGCAGUGCUGGAGGCCCAGCCAGCAGCGCCUGCCAGACACAGCACCAGGGAAUGACAAAAACACACCUGUGUGCCAGGUCGUGUUCCCUCUUGUGCUGCUUUACAGCCGCUGCUCCAGGCCAGGCUGGCAGGAGCUCUGCACCGAGGGGGGCUGGCAGAGGAGCCCUGCUGGCUCCUGAUCCCGGCCCAGCACACAGGCACGUGUGGGCUGCAGCCUAUGGAUGGAGAAGAUGUAGUUGUACCAGACCCUGCUGACUUUGAGCUCUUCUGGCACAUGAAGGAAUGGCUUUGCUGCAGCAAAUACGUUGAGAAACAGGGAAUAAAGUUUUACUUUUUUUUCUUCUUGAAUAACAUCUGCCCCAGAGCCCAAACCAUACCACUGAAAUGGAGAGCUCUCCAGGCAAGUUGGUGGAAAUCCAUUUAAUAUAUUCAGUGCUGCUUGCUGACAGCCUCUGUAUGGGGUGUGCAUAGUCGGGCUUUUUGCUUUAUCAAAUUGCUCUCCACAUUCUUAGUGCCUGAACAGCUGCCUGAUCAAUUCUGGUUUGCUCCCUGGCUUUGCACUUUGAAGGAAAGAAAGUAAAUUAAAAGACAGCCCUACCUGGAAUGUGGUGGUAUGGGAAAUAGAUAGUUUGAAGAUGGUUGUGGUUUUGACUGGUGAAUUCUAAAAAACACACAUGGGAUCCUGAAGCCUUUGUAUGUGGCCUCCUGGGGAACCCUGCUGCUCUGCUCCCAGCUAUGUAUCAGCAAACAAGCAAACAGUGCUGCUGUUGGCACAUGGUACUCAGCCAGUUCAACAAACUUCUCACCAAACUCUCAACAAGGUGUGUUCACAGACACACUGCCCCUGCAAGAGGAUCCCAAGGCCAUUCCUCUACCCUAACACGGAGAAAAAGUUGGAAAAAACGCAGCCUUUUAAACAGGAUUAGGCACGAGGAUUUUCUCUCUCCAUCCAUGACACCUGUCCAGCCCCAAGCAGAAACACAGGGAGGGUACGUGAGUAAAGCUUUCCCUGAUGUCCUUCCAGCUGGGCAAAGCCAGACCUGCCUGACAUCUGGCUCCAUGUUCAGCCCCUCAGCUGGCACCUGCUGCGGUGGCUGCAGAGACCGGCAGGAUUUCUGAGCCCUGGGGCUCCUCUGCCCCACAGACACAGGAACGCCCCCAGCCCCCGGUGCUGUGGUGGGCUGGGCACCAAGGAUGCCAUUUGGCUCCCAGGCUCACCUGGCACAGCUGCCUCAGCACAUGGGCACGCUGGAGGCUCUCCAGCUCAGCUCCAGCUUUGGUGUCUGGCCAGCAGGACAAGGCUUCCACCGCCCCUGUCCCACAGGCAACCUGCUGGGCACAGCCUCGGGCAGCAGUGAAAUCACUGUGCCACGGCUGCCUGGAACUGCAAACCCACUGGGACACAGCGGCCACUCUGGGCAGCACCAGUCAGCACUUGCUGAUUCCCUGCACAGGCAGCACAGGAAGCAGUGGGAGAGGAGGGCUCCAAGUGGCUCUUGGAAAACAACUGAGAGAAGAGGCUGCCCAAGCACACGGGGUGGUUGUACUUGCUGGCAGCAGUGCCUCCCAGGCUGCUGUCCUUACCUCACUGAGUGUGACCAGGUUGGUAGGUAAAAUUUCUUUCACUCCAUCCCUUCCAGAUACUUUUAUGGGCAGGUAAAUUACAGACCUUGGUACCAGGCAUGAAAUUAGCCCUGCACUCUGCUCAUUCCCUACAGCUUUCAUCCCUCCCCCACUACAGGGUAACUGAUUUUUCUUUGGCAACAUUUUGCCAGACCCUUACCAGACGACCACAAGUACAGCAUCUUGUGCCACACUUUGUCAUCCGGAAUAAAGAUAGUUCCUUAUUCACAGAGCUGCAAAAAGAGAUGAGCAGGAAAUAGGGUGGAAAGUGCAAAGGGAGAGCCACAGCCACUUCAGCUGCCGCCAGCUGUGAGCCCAAUGGGACGAUGCAAUUAAGACCCUUCUCAGCCUUAGGCAACCUGUUACUGUAAUUUCAUACCUGGGAUGCACUUGUUAGUUUUUCUGAUCCUUUGCAAGUCUUAAGUCUUCCCAUCACAAACCACUCCUCCACCACGGGAACUGUCUGCUCUCUUCUGGUGCUGUUGAUGUGACGAGCCGUGUCCAAAUGCAAUGGAGGUGGGCAGGGAUUUGUUGUUCUUGGCUUUAGCAUUUGUUUUUUGUUCAUUUUAGUUUCACAGCACUUAAUGUUCAGCAGCCCUUGCUCAGUGGUUUGAGUGGAGACAGCACCACGACUUGUAAAUGGGAACUGGAGAAAAACUCACCAGUGACCUGUUCUUAUCAGAAGCUGUUUCUCAGGGUCACAGGUGGGUACCCAGCAACAAAGCCAUAUACUGUACCAGGUGUCCAUUUGCAUUUAGGAUAUCAAGAAGCUGAAGCCUUUGCCCUGCUGGUACAUUCAUGUGCUGUCUCCAGCAAACCAGAACCUCAUCGUCUCUGGACACACGGAGGGCAGUUUUGCACUUCUGAUUCAUGGUUGGGUUUUAUUUUUCACAAGUGUUGCUUUAAUUCGGUCCUGUUUAUCAGCCAAGCUCCACAUGAAAAAUAAACAGUGUAUGACAAACAGA